CGAACAACAACGCAACGUUAUCAUCAGGUUUUGACUCGGCAUUCUACUGGCGUCUGUUGGAAAAUUUGCCUAUCACUUGUCCACAGGUAUGAAGAGGCCUCGGAGUCCAACCCAGUUGCUGCAGAAAGGCAGUGGCGGCGGCCAUGGUGGAGGCGUGUGCUUGCCCUUCAACCUGUGUGGCGAGCUGCUACAGGAGCCAGAAGAAGGACACCCAGAUGGCCCUCAGCAGAUGAAAAGGCUGCUCUACUCCCUCUGCGAGGUGUGCAACCUCCAGCUCAACUCAGCCGCCCAGGCCCAGGUCCACUACAACGGCCGUUCCCACCUGCGCAGGGUCAAGCAGCUCAACAAUGGAGAGCUCCCCCCGAGCACAGGCAGCGGCACCAGUCCAGCACCGGCCGGCACUCUCACCUGCUCCAGCACAGGAAGUGCCUUCCAUAGCAGCUGUCUCCCGGCGUUGGUGCGGACCCCUCCUGUUAUGACGCAGUCCACUCUGGAUAUGAAGUCCUUCAUGUCCUUCCCAGUGGACACCACAUCAGCAGUGGGACUCUUCCCCAACUUCAACACAAUGGACCCUGUGCAGAAGGCCGUAAUUAAUCACACAUUUGGAGUCUCCAUCGCGCCGAAGAGAAAGCAAGUUAUUUCCUGCAACAUCUGCCAACUGCGCUUUAACUCAGAUAGCCAAGCCGAUGCGCACUACAAAGGCAGCAAACAUGCCAAGAAGCUCAAAGCGCAAGAGACGCCUAAACAUAAGACCCUGAAAAACAACAGCAUACCCAGCCAGGACAGAGGAAAGAGAUUCAUGUCCUCCACCACCUCCUCUUCCUCCUCCAGUAUCGCUGUCACUGCCUGCAGCUCUGAACAACCAGUUAAAAUAGGGUUAUAUCCAAACAAUCUCUACACCAUGGCGUCUUCAAAAUCGUUUUUCCAAGCUGCUGGCCUGGCAUUGGCGCCCUCAUCUAUCCUGUGUAAACCUCUGUGUGAGCCCACACCUGCCAGUCCGGCCCCAGAGAUGUCAAAGCCCACCCUCACUAAACCAACCCCAGUGCCUGCUGUGCCUGCUGCCCCCGCCCCGUGCAAGCACUCCGACGAAUCAGAGGAGGAGAAGGCCAAGAAGCUUCUCUACUGUUCGUUAUGCAAAGUGGCCGUCAACUCCCUCUCCCAGCUUGAGGCCCACAACACAGGUUCCAAGCACAAAACGAUGCUGGAGGCGAGGGAUGGAGCAGGGCCCAUCAAAGCCUAUCCCAGGCCAGGGGCUAAGCUCAAGGUCCAGGCCACCAUCACCAAAGGCUCAGGCCUGCAGAAUAAGAUGUUUCACUGCGAAAUCUGUGAUGUCCACGUCAACUCAGAGAUCCAGCUCAAACAGCACAUUUCCAGUCGGAGGCACAAAGACCGAGUGGCCGGGAAACCCUUGAAGCCCAAAUACAGUCCUUACAGCAAGCAUCAACACAGCACCGCAACCACCACACUAGAAGCUAAACUGGCAUUCCAGAAGGACCUUCUGAAGCCCCUGUCUCAGGCUUUCCUCUCCAGCCCGUUCAUCCCCACCACAAUACCCUCCAUCUCCCUCCACCCGCGGCCCAACACCUCCAUCUUCCAGAAAGCCGCCCUCCCGCCCUCUUUCCUGCGAGCGGCUCCUGGCCCUAUCCGGCCAACAGGAGGGUCCAUCCUCUUUGCCCCAUACUGACCUUUGAACCCCUCAUCCCGACCACCUGAGCACCGAGGGAGGUCCAGCUUCGUGUGUACAGUGUCCAUAUUAUGACAGCCUCAGAGUCACAAGUAGUUGGUGUCAAACUGUUCCUCAGAGAGCUCUGAGAUGUGUAUGAGAGGUGUUACCAUGGCAAUGUUCACACUGGUGAGGCAGGAUUACGGAGCUUGACCCGACAACAUGUUUCUCCUAAACCUGCUGAACCUUAACCCGAGGGAAGCAUUGAACCACCUGAGCACCGAGGGAGGUCCAGCUUCGUGUGUACAGUGUCCAUAUUAUGACAGCCUCAGAGUCACAAGUAGUUGGUGUCAAACUGUUCCUCAGAGAGCUCUGAGAUGUGUAUGAGAGGUGUUACCAUGGCAAUGUUCACACUGGUGAGGCAGGAUUACGGAGCUUGACCCGACAACAUGUUUCUCCUAAACCUGCUGAACCUUAACCCGAGGGAAGCAUUGAACUGUCUACACCCUGAUUGACUUGAAUUGCUGCGGUUUCUCGGCACAAUGUAAGGACAACACCUGGCAUGUGUAUGGUGACCUAUUAGGACAGCCUCAGUGUCAGGACGUCUUUCAAUCUCACCUUACACAUGAUCGGUGUGCAUUUGUGGUAGUGCUGGACAGCAGAGGAAGUGCUGUGUUGUUUUAGACCGAUGAUGGGGGCUAGCUUGUCUCCAGUGUUUGUAUGGUGGAGAAAGCUAUGGGAUACAGUGCCAUGAUUGACCUCAAAUCAGGCUUUUUUUCUAACUCUUGUGGGCUGAACAACUGACACCAGCUGUGAUUAACUCUUUCAAAACCACAAUAAACAUCCCUGCAAAAUCUGGGAUGUUUUCCUUCGGUCCAUCAAUUUCAGUGUUAUUAUAAGAUAAACAACUGUUUGUUUUUCCAAAGACAAAAUGGAGAAUUGCACAUUAAUGCUGACCUGCCUGUUGUCUGGCACGGACGUCAUUUGAUUGGGCAUUUGAUUUCUAUGUGAUGUCAACGUUUUUGUCAGGGCACUGUAUUGUGACCCCUUAAUGCAAUAAUGUCCAGAGUUUAAGAUACGUGUACAGUAUAUACAAAUCUAUGUUAGGUAGUAUUGUAACAGAGUACUAGAAAUAGAGUUUAUGCACACAUUGUGGUUUGGAGAGUUUGGAAAAUACUGCUUCAAACUUUUUUUUUAAAUCAAGAAACGAGAUAUGAAUGUUAUAGUUGUGCUCCUUUAAGUACGGAAUUGUGAGCUUAGGAUCAAAAUUGAAAAACUGCCAUCUCUGGAUGAUACAGUGAUGUCCUUUGCUAUGCAAGAAGUUGAUAACUAUUGUCACCACAUUUUAAGCAAUAUUGUGUACGGUUUUAACUGCGGCAACAAAAGCAAGAUUUAACCUGUAUGGUGUUAAUAUUGUGACACCCUCAUUCUCAGCAGGACUUGUUUCAAUCUUAGCAGGACUUAGGCUGUCCUAAUAUAGACACAGUCAAACAGAGUUGAUUACAAUAGAAGGUGGCUAGAUGUUUAUCCAUAGGAAUUCUUUGAAGGUAUGCCUUCAGAAAGUAUUCACACCCAUUGACUAUUUCCACAUUUUGUUGUGUUAGAAAAUGGGCUUAAAUUGAAUUUAAUUGUCAUUUUUGAUAACGAUCUACACAAAAUGUAAUGUGAAAGUGGAUAUCUUUUUUGAACAUUUGUAAAAACUAUUCAUGAAAAAUAAAACACUAAUAUAUCUUGAUUAGAUACAGUUGAAGUUGGCAGUGUACAUACAUCUUAGCCAAAUACAUUUAAACUCGGUUUUUCACAAUUCUUGACAUUUAAUCCUAGUAGAAAUUCCCUGUCUUAGGUCAGUUAGGAUCACCAUUCAGAGAAAAUGAUUUAUUUCAGCUUUUAUUUAUUUCAUCGCAUUCCCAGUGGGUCAGAAGUUUACAUACACUCAAUUAGUAUUUGGUAGCAUUGCCGUUAAAUUGUUUAACGUCGGUCAAACAUUUCGGGUAGCCUUCCACAAGCUCCCCACAGUAAGUUGGGUCAAUUUUGGCCCAUUCCUUCAGACAGUGCUGGUGUAACUGAGUCAGGUUUGUAGGCCUCCUCACUUUUUCAGUUAUGCCCACAAAUAUUCUAUAGGAUUGAGGUCAGGGCUUUGUGAUGGCCACUCCAUUACCUUGACUUUGUUGUCCUUAAGCCAUUUUUUCAGAAUUUUGAAAGUAUGCUUGGGGCCAUUGUCCAUUUGGAAGAACCAUUUGUGACCAAGCUUUAACUUCCUGACUGAUGUCUUGAGAUGUUUGCAAGGCUCCCCCUUAUUCCGCCAAACAUAACGAUGGUCAUUAUGGCCAAACAGUUCUAUUUGUGUUUCAUCAGACCAGAGGACAUUUCUACAAAAAGUACAAUCUUUGUCCCCAUGUGCAGUUGCAAACAGUGGUGUGGCUUUUUUAUGUUGGUUUUGGAGCAGUGGCUUCUUCUUUGCUGAGUGGCCUUUCAGGUUAUGUUGAUAUUGGACUCGUUUGACUGUGGAUAUAGAUACGUUUGUACCUGUUUUCUCCAGCAUCUUCACAAGGUCCUUUUCUGUUGUUCUGGGAUUGAUUUGCAUUUUUCGCACCAAAGUACAUUUAUCUCUAGGAGACUGAACGCAUCUCCUUCCUGAGCUGACAUGACAGCUGCGUGGUCCCAUGGUGUUUAUACUUGCGUACAUUUAUUUGUACAGAUGAACGUGGUACCUUCAGCCAUUUGGAAAUUGCUCCCAAGGAUGAACCAGACUUGUGGAGGAGGUCUACAAUUUUUUUCUGAUGCUGAUUUCUUUUGAUUUUCCCAUGAUGUCAAGCAAAAAGGCACUGCGUUUGAAUCUUCUAAAGCCAUGACAUCAUUUUCUGGAAUUUUCCAAGCUGUUUAAAGGCACAGUCAACUUAGUAAACUUCUGACCCACUGGAAUUGUGAUACAGUAAAUUAUAAGUGAAAUAAUCUGUCUGUAAACAAUUGUUGGAAAAAUUACCUGUAUCAUGCACAAAGUAGACGGCGGCAGUGUAGCCUAGUGGUUAGCGUGUUGGACUAGUAACCGAAAGGUUGCAAGUUCAAAUCCCUGAGCUGACAAGGUACAAAUCUGUCGUUCUGCCCCUGAACAAGGCAGUUAACCCACUGUUCCUAGGCAGUCAUUGAAAAUAAGAAUUUGUUCUUAACUGACUUGCCUAGUAAAAUAAAAAUAUGUCCUAACCUACUUGCCAAAACUAUAGUUUCUCAACAAGAAUUUUGUGGAGUGGUUAAAAAAUGAGUUUUAAUGACCAACAUAAGUGUAUGUGAAGUAAGUAUUCAACCCCAUCAGUCAAAACAUGCUAGAAUCAACUUUGGCAGCAAUUACAGCUUUGAGUCUUUCUGGGUAAUGCUCUAAGAGCUUUGCACACCUGGACAAUUUUUGCACAUUAUUAUUUAAAAAAAUGUUCAAGCUCUGUCAAGUUUAUUGUUGGUUAUUGCUCGAAGUCAUAACUGAAACUAGGCCAAUUAGUAACAUUCAAUGUCGUCUUGGUAAGCAACUCCAGUGUAUAUUUAGCCUUUUGUUUUAGGUUUUUGUCCUGCUGAAUGGCGAAUUUGUUCCCAGUGUCUGUUGGAAAGCAGACUGAACCAGGUUUUCCUCUAGACUUUUGCCUGUGCUUAGUUCUAUUUCAUUUAUUUUUAUCCUAAAAACUCCCUAGUUCUUGCUGAUGACAAGCAUACCUAUAGCAUCAUUCAGCCAUCACUUUGCUUGAAUAUAUGGAGAGUGAUACUCAGUGAUGUGUUUUAUGGAUUUGCCCCAAACGUAAUGCUUUGUAUUCAGGACAAAAAGUUAAUUUCUUUGCCAAAAUGUUUGCAGGUUUACUUUAGUGCCUUAUUGUAAACAGGAUGCAUGUUUUUGAAGAUUUUAUUCUGUACAGGCUUCCUACUUUUCACUCUGUCAAUUAGGUUAGUAUUGUGGAGUAACUACAAUGUUGAUCCAUCCUCAGUUUUCUCCUAUCACAGCCAUUAAACUAUGUAACUGUUUUAAAGUGACCAUUGGCGUCAUGAUUAAAUCCUUGAGCGGUUUCCUUCCUCUCCUGCAACUUAGUUAGGAAGGACGUCUGUAUCUUUGUAGUGACUGGGUUUAUUGAUACACCAUCCAAAGUGUAAUUAAUAACUUCACCAUGCUCAAAGGUAGUUUUAAUGUCUGCUUGUCCCUUGUCUUUGUGGUUGAAUCUGUAUUUGAAAUUAAAUUAUUGACUGAGGGAUCUUGUAUGUGUGGGGUACAGAGAUUAGGUAGUCUUGCAAAAAUCAUGUUAUUGAGUCCAUGCAACUUAUUGUGACUUCUUAAGCAGAUUUGUACUCCUGAACUUAUUUAGUAUUGCCAUAACAAAGGGGUUGAAUACUUAUUGGCUCAAUACAUUUCAGCUUUUCAUAAAAAUAUUUUUUUGUAAAAAGCUUUAAAAACAUAAUUCCACUUUGACAUUAUGGGGUAUUGUACGUAGGCCAGUGACAAAUUUAAUACAUUUUAAAUUCUGGCUGUAACACAAAAAAAAUAUGGAAAAAGUCAAGGGGUGUGAAUAAUUUCUUAAGGCACUGUGCCUCUAUGGGUCCACAGUGGGAUUUGUAAUAUGGUGUGUUCACCAGAAUUUACAAAGUCCUCCUAAAAAAUUGGUACCAUACUUGGGUAUUUCUAGAAUAUUAAGUCAUUUACACUGCUCAGAUGAGACAACAGAGGUUAAUUGUGAGGAUGUGGGGACUUGAUAAGUGUAUAAGAUGUAUGUAUGAGAAAAAAAGUAUACAUUGAAAGUAUUUCAAUAAAAUAAUAUAUUUGUUUCACAA